AUGCUCGACAAUCAUAGUACUAUAAUGGGAACACUGCCAUCUAGUGGAGGUUCUGUGAAAUACUACAUGCUCUACAAUCAUACUACUAUAAUGGGAACACUGCCAUCUAGUGGAGGUUCUGUAAAAUACUACAUGCUCUACAAUCAUAGUACUAUAAUGGGAACACUGCCAUCUAGUGGAGGUUCUGUGAAAUACUACAUGCUCUACCAUCAUAGUACUAUAAUGGGAACACUGCCAUCUAGUGGAGGUUCUGUAAAAUACUACAUGCUCUACAAUCAUACUACUAUAAUGGGAACACUGCCAUCUAGUGGAGGUUCUGUAAAAUACUACAUGCUCUACAAUCAUACUACUAUAAUGGGAAUACUGCCAUCUAGUGGAGGUUCUGUGAAAUACUACAUGCUCUACAAUCAUACUACUAUAAUGGGAACACUGCCAUCUAGUGGAGGUUCUGUAAAAUACUACAUACUCUACAAUCAUACUACUAUAAUGGGAAUACUGCCAUCUAGUGGAGGUUCUGUGAAAUACUACAUGCUCUACAAUCAUACUACUAUAAUGGGAACACUGCCAUCUAGUGGAGGUUCUGUGAAAUACUACAUGCUCUACAAUCAUACUACUAUAAUGGGAACACUGCCAUCUAGUGGAGGUUCUGUAAAAUACUACAUACUCUACAAUCAUACUACUAUAAUGGGAACACUGCCAUCUAGUGGAGGUUCUGUGAAAUACUACAUGCUCUACAAUCAUAGUACUAUAAUGGGAACACUGCCAUAUAGUGGAGGUUCUGUAAAAUACUACAUGCUCUACAAUCAUAGUACUAUAAUGGGAACACUGCCAUCUAGUGGAGGUUCUGUGAAAUACUACAUGCUCUACAAUCAUACUACUAUAAUGGGAACACUGCCAUCUAGUGGAGGUUCUGUGAAAUACUACAUGCUCUACAAUCAUACUACUAUAAUGGGAACACUGCCAUCUAGUGGAGGUUCUGUGAAAUACUACAUGCUCUACAAUCAUACUACUAUAAUGGGAACACUGCCAUCUAGUGGAGGUUCUGUAAAAUACUACAUGCUCUACAAUCAUACUACUAUAAUGGGAACACUGCCAUCUAGUGGAGGUUCUGUGAAAUACUACAUGCUCUACAAUCAUACUACUAUAAUGGGAACACUGCCAUCUAGUGGAGGUUAUGUGAAAUACUACAUGCUCUACAAUCAUACUACUAUAAUGGGAACACUGCCAUCUAGUGGAGGUUCUGUGAAAUACUACAUGCUCUACAAUCAUACCACUAUAAUGGGAACACUGCCAUCUAGUGGAGGUUCUGUGAAAUACUACAUGCUCUACAAUCAUUCUACUAUAAUGGGAACACUGCCAUCUAGUGGAGGUUCUGUGAAAUACUACAUGCUCUACACUCAUACUACUAUAAUGGGAACACUUCCAUCUAGUGGAGGUUCUGUGAAAUACUACAUGCUCUACCAUCAUAGUACUAUAAUGGGAACACUGCCAUCUAGUGGAGGUUCUGUGAAAUACUACAUGCUCUACCAUCAUACUACUAUAAUGGGAACACUGCCAUCUAGUGGAGGUUCUGUGAAAUACUACAUGCUCUACAAUCAUACUACUAUAAUGGGAACACUGCCAUCUAGUGGAGGUUCUGUAAAAUACUACAUGCUCUACAAUCAUACUACUAUAAUGGGAACACUGCCAUCUAGUGGAGGUUCUGUGAAAUACUACAUGCUCUACACUCAUACUACUAUAAUGGGAACACUGCCAUCUAGUGGAGGUUCUGUGAAAUACUACAUGCUCUACAGUCAUACUACUAUUAUGGGAACACUGCCAUCUAGUGGAGGUUCUGUGAAAUACUACAUGCUCUACAGUCAUACUACGAUAAUGGAAACACUGCCAUCUAGUGGAGGUUCUGUGAAAUACUACAUGCUCUACAGUCAUAUUACUAUAAUGGGAACACUGCCAUCUAGUGGAGGUUCUGUGAAAUACUACAUGCUCUACACUCAUACUACUAUAAUGGGAACACUGCCAUCUAAUGGAGGUUCUGUAAAAUACUACAUGCUCUACAAUUCCAAGAUUUUACUAUUUACAUGACGUAAAGUCAUGAUUUUAUUAAUGACACGGAGGCGAGUAUUAUGCUAUCUCUUUCUUACUUUAUUCCUCAGCAGCAAAGAGAAAAAAUAACUGAAAGAGAAAAUAUAUUUAAUAUGAAUAAUAUAUAACAGAUACAACCAACUCUGCCUAGUAACAGGGCAUCCAAUCAACUUAUAGGAACAGUCCAUAAAUGCCUUGAAUGAGGUGCUCAGUUUUCUGAAAGUAGACACAGGAGCAUAACCAAUUUCCAGGACAACUGUUUCAGCGAGAGCUCUUCAUUUAAGGGGCCACGACUCCAGGAAGCAAAGUACUAUGUUAACAACCCAAAACGAGGAGUAUCUGGAUCUCGGGGGUCUAGAGAAAUGGAUACCCUUCAACAAUCGGCACAUGAAGGGACGUUGUCCAACCAACGAUCCGUCAAUCCCUUGAUGUCCGGCCGAAAUGGCCGAUCUAUAAACAUUGAUAGUGCGGUAGGCCAAACCUGAUUCAAAAAGCAUGGUCAGAAAACUGAGCACCUCAUUCAGAGAGGCAGAAAUUGGAUCCAACAACCUUCCCACGCACCAGCCAGUCCACACGCGCCAUGCAGAUUUGUAAGCUGUUCUGGUUCCCGGUGCCCAGGCACUCUCCAGGAGUCUUGUAGUUGCUUGCGGAACGUCUGCGACGGACCAGGGUCCCCUGAAAUCAAGCCAUGAGCUGGAGCAGGCCCUGAUCCACUAAUCCGUGCAAGUUCCCAUCCGGAUCCAGAAGCACAUCCAGCCUCAUUGCAAUCAUGCGUGGGAAAUCCACCGUCAUCUCCAGGAGACGAGGGAACCAAGGUUGAGUCUGCCAUAGGGGACUACCAUCACCAAUGUACAAUUUUGCCUGGACAGGUACGCCAGUGUCCGAGAGAUCAGAUUGAAUGGGGAAAACGCAAAGUGACGACCCUGAGGCCACGUUUGCAGGAAAGCAUCCACCGCCAUGGCCGAUGGGUCCAGUCUCCAACUGAAGUAAUGGGGCAGUUGGGAGUUUAGUCUGAAUGCAAACAGAUCCAGUUCCAACGGGCCCCAUAACCAAUCCAUCUGUCGAAAGGUCGAAGGGAGCAGAUGCCAAUCCCCUGAGUCUUUCAAGUAGCGCGAAUUCCAAUCUGCCCAUUCGUUGUCCAGACCCGGGAUGUGUUCGGCAGUAACCGACACUGCGCUGUGGAGGCAAUACUGCCUGAAGUCCUUUGCCAGGUUCGCUAGUUGUUUCGAUUUCGUGCCACCCAGAUGAUUUACACAUCUGACCGCGGACACGUUGUCCAUACAUAGAAGAAUGCAGCAAUUUCCCAGUGUUGGAGACAGGCUGCAAAUGGCGAAGGAUCCCACCAGCAGUUCCAGACAGUUUAUGUGUAGCCGUGACUCGACUUCGGACCAUCUGCCACCUGUGGAAAUAUUUCCACAGCGAGCGCCCCAACCAUGUAGGCUGGCAUCUGAUUCUAUCACCACUUCCGGAUCCGAGGAUUGCUCGGCCAUUCCACGCCUCCAUGUGGUCCAACCACCACAGCAGUUCCUCUCUGGAAUCCCUUUCCAGGCCCAGUUUGCUUUCGUACGAACUGCCCGACCGAAGAUGGGAUCCCUUCAAUCGUUGCAGGACCCGAUAGUGCAGGGGUCCUGGAAAAAUUGCCUGAAUCAAUGAAGCCAAGAGACCAAUCACUCGCGCCAGUUGUCGUAUGGAGAGAGAGGUGACCCGUAGUGUAUGCCUUGUUUCCUUCUUCAUAGCCUUUAAUUUGGCCUCUGGAAGGAACAAGAAUUGGGCGAUCGAGUCGACUUCGAAUCCAAGGAAUUCUAUCUUUUAUACCGGGGUCACCAUGGAUUUUUCCCAAUUUAUGAGGAACCCUAAAUCCUCCAAAAGACUCACCGUCCAGUGCAGAUGGCGUAUGAGCUGUUCGGGAGUCGAAGACAUAAUCAGGAUGUUGUCCAUGUAAAUAAUCAUACAGACACCUCGAGCUCUGAGGAACGCCACUACCGGCUUCAUUACCUUUGUGAAGCACCAGGGAACUGAAGAUAGACCGAAGGGCAGACAGGUAAACCUCCACCGACGUCCUUGCCACGAAAAGUGCAAUAAGUCCCAGUGUUCCUCUGCUAUUGGUAUGGUCAAAUAGGCAUCUUUGAGGUCCAGCUUGACCAUCCAGUCCCCUUGUCGGAGCAGGUCCCUGAGGCAAUGAAUGCCUUUCAUCUUGAAGUGUUGGUAGCGGAGAAAUUCAUUGAGGCGUCUGAGAUUUAUGACCGGUCGAACUCCUCCGCCCUUCUUGGCCACGAGGAACAAAUUGCUUAAGAAACCCGGGGUCUCGUACGGGAUUUCCUGUAUUGCCUGUUUGGUAUGAAGUUUCGCGAUUUCCACGGUAAUCAACCCGGACUGCUCUUCCAGCAAUCUCAGUUCCUGUGGUAUACAUGCCUGGAAAGGGGGGGACAACAGAUCUAG